AGGUGGAGUCUGAUGCUAAAUGAGGACUUCCUGAACAUUCCAGAACCUUCUGGAGCUGGGGGAAAGGGGAUGCUGUCUGGAGAAGGCCAAGGGAGACUGAGUUGGAAGUGGAGGUCGUAUGGUGAUUAGGGGAGUCUCACCUUUGCUUGUGGAUGAUGGCCUGGCUCAUGGGACAGGACACCUUGCGUCACCUAAUGGCAGGUGCGGGGGUUGGGCUGAGCCGUGCUGCAGCUAUAGGCACAUUUCCUUCUCCUCCCCCGGUGUCGCCUUAUCCAUACCCAGGGAGACUGUGCCUCCUAAACUUCCUGGUCAGCCACUCACUGCCGCACACGAACGCUGCCCCCUAGGGCCACCCGUCGACUCCUCCAUUCUGCACUCACAUGUUUGUAGCAGUUCCACCUAGCAGGAGCCUGCCAACCAUCAGUGCUCUUCUGAUCCAUGGAUCCCCUUGACUCGGCCAAGAUAAAAUGUUCCUGGCGUCACUAUCUCCCUUGGCUGUUUUUGCAGCUGCUUUUGGCUCUGUGCUUUUUCUCCUACCUGCAUGUGUCCCAGGACGCGCCCACAUGGGCCCCUGAAGCAAAGGCCCCCUGCCAGACCACAGCGGCGCCCUCCAGCCGCCCACCCCUGCUUCUGCUGCUGUGGACGUGGCCCUUCCAUGUCCGGGUGGCUGUGUCUCGCUGCUCGGAGCUGCGGCCCGGCACGGCCGACUGCCAGCUGACUGACAACCGCGGGGAGUACCCUCGGGCAGAUGCAGUCCUCGUGCAUCACCGGGAGGUCAGCUCCCACCCCCAGAGGCAGCUCCCGCCUUCCCCUCGGCCCCCCGGCCAGCGCUGGGUCUGGUUCAGCAUGGAAUCGCCCAGCCACUGCCCGCAGCUCAAGGCCCUGGACGGGUACUUCAACCUGACCAUGUCCUACCGCAGGGACUCUGAUAUCUUCAUGCCAUACGGGUGGCUCGAGCCAUGGCCCGGCCAGCCUGUGGACGUGCAGCUCAACAUCUCGGCCAAGAACAAGCUGGUGGCCUGGGUGGUGUCCAACUGGAGGGAGGACUCGGUCAGGGUGCGCUACUACCGGCAGCUGCAGGCCCACCUCCAAGUGGACGUGUAUGGGCGCUCCCACAAGCCACUGCCCUCGUCGGCCAUGACCACGCAGCUGUCCCAGUACAAGUUUUACCUGGCUUUUGAGAAUUCCUUGCAUACUGACUACAUCACCGAGAAGCUAUGGAGAAACGCCCUGCUGGCCUGGGCCGUGCCCGUGGUGCUGGGCCCCAGCCGGAGGAACUACGAACAGUUCCUGCCCCCCGAAGCCUUCAUCCACAUCAACGACUUCCAGAGCCCCAAGGAACUGGCCCAGUAUCUGCUGGCACUGGACAAGGACGACGCCCGCUAUCUGGGCUACUUCCGCUGGCGGGAGACCCUGCGGCCUCAAUUCUUCAGCUGGGCCUUGAUGUUCUGUAAGGCCUGCUGGCGGCUGCAGCAGGAGCCCAGCUACCAGACAGUGCCCAGCAUCGCGUCUUGGUUCACAUAAGCCAGGCAACCUGGGGCCUGGGCUGCCGGGAGCCUGGGGGCAUAGGUGGCUGGAGCUUUUGCUUACCGGUGGCUUCUCCUGCCAGGCACCUCUGAUGCCAGAAAUCUUGCCUCCCUGGGAAAUGGCUUUUGAGGAGCUCCCUCUGAUGGACGGCUACCUGCCAGGGGCCAUGACUGCUGGGGACCUCCCCAGCUAGGUCACUCACCCCCUGGGGAACUGGCCUUGGUGUCCUUAGUGAUGGUGCUGAUGGAUUUGCAUGUGAUUACUGUGGCUGUUGUUAAUUAACCGCCUCUGGGCUAAGCAGGUGGCAAUAUGACACUAUUUUCCAGAUGGGAA